AUGGAUUUCCACAGCCUUCUCAGAAGAGAUCUUCAAUUCCUCUGCAAGAUCAACAAAAUCCCAGCUAACAUGACCAACCUCGCCAUGGCCGAUGCUCUCAAAUCUCUUGAGACUGUUGAAGGUCUUGAUGAAUACAUGAACCAGUGCAACUCCAACGUUCUUCAGUCUCCAACCAGUGUAGCUAAGCUUCCGCCAAGUACUGCAACUCGAACAACCCGAAGGAAGACCGCUGUAAAGUCUCUUGAUGGAGGAUUGGACCAAGAGAACAUGAACAAGAAUGUCAAGUUUGAGGUGGCUAAAACUCCUGCAGCACGAAGCACAAGGAAGAAGGCUUCAGCAGUAGAUUCUUGUGGGAGCAAAGUUCAGGAGAGUAAGAAGGGGGAUUUGGUUCAGUCAGGGUACAGUACAAGGAGAUCAACAAGGUUGUUGGAGAAAUGUAUGGCUGAUUUGAGUUUGAAGAGUAAAGAAACAUUGGAUAAACCUGAGGAGAUUGAAGAAACAGAACAAGAAGUGUCUGCACAGGAGAAGAAUCCAGCUGGUUCAGAGGAGAGAACUGAGGAUGCUGAAGUUAUAUUAAGUAGAGAUUUAAGUGCUUCCAUGGAGAAAGAAUGGGAGGUGUUGAAGAAUGACGAUGAUACUCCUGUCUUGGAACAUGCCAACAACACUGAGACAGCUAAUAAAGAGUCCAAGAACUCUGAAACUUUCGAGAGUUUAGUACCUGUGAGUGUGACAGAACAGGCUAUGCAGGAGAAAGAUUUAGAGCCUGAGAAAGCCAACACUUUCCAUGAGGAGACAAUGGUGAACCAAACCGGUGGUGAUUCAGAAGCUGAACCGGCUAGGCAGGAGAAAGAUUCCGAGACUGAGAAAGCCAACACUUUCCAUGAGGAAACAAUGGUGGACCAAACCAAUGGUGAUGCAGAAGCUGAACCGGAGGAAGAUAAUUCUAGUGUUGACUCAGACGGCAAUAUCUCGGAAGCUGAUUCAAACCAAGUUGACCACCAAGAGAUAGAAGAGGUAACUCAGGAGAAUGAUUCUGAGGCUGAGAAAAUCAUGACUCUUGAUGAAGAUACAAUGGUGGAAACUGAUGGUGAUUCAGAAAGUGAGCAGGAAGGAGAUGAUUCUGGUGCUGACUCGGAUGGCACUAUCUCUGAAGCUGAUUCAUACCAAGCCAUACAGGGAACUGAUAUUGCUGACGGAAACAUGAUUCUCCCUGAAUCAGAAGGUUUUGUAACUGCUCCAGCUUCUACUCUUGUGCUUGAAGAGGCUCUAGUAGAAGCUCCAUUAUCUCCAUUUGUGGCGGAAUCAGUCUCAGCUCAGUUUCCAAGACCAAACAAUUCAGCUAUGAAGCUGGUUAAUGUCGAGGACACGACCAAGGAGAACAACAUGGAGAUGAUGAUGAUGAAUGUUGUUAAUGGAGAGAGCAAAGGUGAGGAGGCUGCAAAGAAGAAUAAGAAGGUGGAGUUUGAUGAAGAGAACUUGAAAGAUGUUAGCAUGAGGCGACUCGUGAAGCUGGUGAAGGAACUCUCUAUAAAGAGUAGUAACAACAACAGAACUGCUUUGCAGAUGUUGCCUGGUAACAAUCAGAUUGCUGAGUAAUGUGGUGACCCCAAAACUGCUUCUCGUUUUGUUUUGUUGUUGUCUCAGACAGAAAAUUUGAAAAACAUGUGGUUACUUUGACGAUAGUUUUGGUAUGAAUAAAAUCUUAAAUUAAG